UACCUUCUCAAUUCAUGAGGAAUUUAAUAGAUGACAAUUCUUCAAGUGAGCUUCUAGAAGAAACUCAGAUUCAAGAUCUGUAUGAUCUCUUGGAAAUUAAAUUAGUCAACUUCCAGAUAAACUUGCUUGUGCCAUUCUAUCCUCAUUAUUUUCCUAUUCUGGAAAACCUCAAUGCUUCUUCUGCUUUAGCAUUGUGCAUUGUUCAGGAUGAAUCAUUACUGAAAGCAAUGGAGGUAGAAUCCUUGAUUGAGGUUGCUUUCAGAACACUUGUAAUGGUUUCUAGCUAUUUUCUCUAA